AAGAAUUUUGGUUGUCUAUACGCGUAUUAGCUCCAUAAUAUGUGAUAUUUAACGUUCAGAAAACAAUAAAAAUAAAUAUCCAUAUCUUCAAUUUUCCUCAAAACAUACAGUAGACAACUGUUCGUGACAUCUGGAAUGAGCUCUUUCGACUGGAUAAUAUUGGUAUACCCGUAAAUCAAAAACAAAAUGGAAUGUCACGACAUGUGGAAACAGAAGCGCGAGUUGCGUGUAGCUUGUUGAUUUUCUAGGGGCAUUUUCGGAUCAGUAUUUGCUGCUUGAAAAUGGCUUCCGACCCGCCGGGUCCAUCCCGAAAAGAAAAAUUACAGCAAUCUGAUAGUACUAAAUCUUUAGUGGCAAAAUUGAAAGAAGAAUUCAUCAAACCCGUUACCAAAGAAAAUAUUCUUUAUCACUAUUUGCCUCUUCAUGGUGUGAUUUGCUACUCGGCGAUGUCUGUAAAUGUAAUGAAUCCAUCGUUAUUCUCCGAGUGCUGUCCCAAAAAAGAUAUUACAAAUUUUCUUUUGUUUGGUUCUGUUGGAGGUGUAGCCCUAUAUGCAUACAAAAGACCACAUUUGCAAAAUCUUGAAUUAUUGCCGCGCACAACGUACAGUGCUUUUGGAGCUGUUAUGUUCACGUUCGGCUCUGUACUAAUUUGGGCUGUAAUGAGAAGUGUUGUGCCUGAAAAUGCAUUUGUUGGUUCUGCCAUUGGGUUGCUAUCAGCAGCAGGUCUUGUAAAAUGUGGGUCAUCAUAUUGCAAUGCUAUUGACCAACAGGUUCCAUCUCUAGACAAUGAGCAACCAGACUAAAUUCUGCCCUCACAAGAAAAAAAUAUUAGGAAAUUGUUUAGUCAUUUUUAUUCUCAUUAAGAGAUUUUACCAUAAUUCUUGAAUUUGAAAGACUGCCAUAAUUUGUUUUACCUGUAAGUGUUUUUGAAACUAUUUAUUUACAAUAUAUGAAAUUGUGUAGCCUGUUUUAGAUGUUUCUGAACGUGUAUUACUAAGCUUGAAAUAAAAAAAAUUCCUUUAAUCCAAAUGC